AUACAGAAGAAGAAAAUCUUAACCAAAAUCAUCAUCACUUUUCCAAUGAUUUUUUGAUUUUACAUUUUAGAUAUUUUCAUAAAGAUGAGUUCAUGUCUUUUUGGAGAAAUAGUUGAACCAACAACUAGAGCUUUGGUGAAUGAGGAUAUAGACUUUCCACCAUACGUAGAGGUACCACAAGAAUGGGAAGGAAACACUGAGGUUCCAAAGGAAGUAGAUACACUAAUUUUCCUCGAAACAGACAAUCUGAAUAAGAUAUUCAGUAGUUGUAUAAUCCAUGACAAUAAACCAGUCUGCAAACUGAAAAAUGGAGGCAUCAAAAUCUUCAAUGUUGGAGAUGAUAAAUAUAUUGUUACUUUCUUUGAAGAAAAACAGUUCAACACUGGCCAGAUAGUAGAAGCACUUUCAGAUUGGAUAUUUAUUGCAGAAAACAUAUACACCAUCACAACAGAUUCAAUAUGUAAAUACCAAAAUUUUGAUUUGGUGGAUCACCCAUCCUCAGUUAUAAGAAUAAUCUCUAACAGUAGUACUAGGAAUACUUUAGAAUAUGUACAGUUGGAACCACCAAAUUUGGUGACUGGUCUAGGAUCAAGUGUUUUAACUUACUGCAUCCAUAUGAAAAUGAGGAAAUGUACUUUGUUUAUUGCUUAUAUGGACAUUUCACCACUAGAUUUCUUAAACAGUGGGGCUAUACUGUCACUACUCAAAAAAUUGAAGAUAAAAGUGAGGAAUAGUCAUAUUCAGGAUAAUAAUGUGUUAGCCAGUAACUUGUACAUUUAAAUAUUGUUCAAGUACCUACAGUGUGACCCACUUAAGACCAGAGCACACCCUUAUAAAAUCUAUAGUGUUCAACCAAUUUCUUUUGUUUUGUUUCAGCAGAAGGACUAUCCUAUUACACAAAUUCGCAUAAUAUGGUUUCAAUCUACAGGGCAUACUAUGUUAUUUUUUUCAUGUCGAAAAUUGCUAGCGAUUUUUUCAAAAAAAAAUCGACCCCACCACUGAAUUCAGCAUCGUUCAAUUAGGUUGAGCGCAAAAUUUCAUUGAAAAAUAUCAAUUGAUCAUUCUAGAACACGUGAUUUUGACAUGGUUUCUUGAGGGGCACACAAACUAUCUGUUAGGUUACCUUUGAUGAGCACUGCCCAGGCCGUCCCUCUGCCACAUCUACAAUAUAAUAACAGUUUCACCAAACAAAAUUAUGGAAUUCUUUCUGGUUCCAACUCGGAUUCCAAGGAAAACGAUCCCACUAAUUCUGGUUUUCUAUGACAGAUCUUGACAAAAUACAAUGUUUGCCCCUCAGCAACCUAUCAAAUGACGUAAUUCUGGAAUGAUUAAUUGGCAACAAAGUUAUAACAGCAUUAAUUUUGAUUGCUUACCAUUUUUUAUGAAUAUUUCAGACAAAUUCUGAGAAGCGGCAACAUUGUCAACACAAAUGUUGGAAAUCAUCAAGGUUUCUGGUAUACAUUUGAAUUGAUUACACAAAUUAUUAUCCAGUUAUAACAUCUGAAAUGGAAUUUAUCUUGGUAUUCAUGGAAAGAUUCAUAAAAUGAAAAAUCCAUAACGUCGAAAAAUCGGCCUUGUUCAUCCAAGCAUAGUUAGAAAAUCGGAUAGUCUGUAUAGUGAGAUAAUAUCAGAAGCCAAAAACAUCAAGAGCUUUCAGAAAUUGUUGGUUUACAUUGAUAAUUAACUUAUUAUGAAAAGCUUUUUUUCCCGACUUCAUUACUUCAUUCCAAAAGGGUACCAUUCUAGAGAUUAUGACUCGAUAAUAAUUGGUGUUAUCAAUUCAAAUGUAUACCAGAAACCUCGAUGAUUUCAAACAUUUUUGUUGACAAUGUUGCCGCUUCUCAGAAUUUGUCUGAAAUAUUCAUAAAAAAUAGUGAGCAAUCAAAAUUAAUGUUUUUAUAACUUUGCCAAUUGAAGGAUGCUGAAUUCAGUGGUGGGGUCGAUUUUGUUUGAAAAAAAUCGCUUAUGAUAUUUCGCAAUUUUCAACAUGAAAAAAAUAAUAUAGUAUGCCCUGUAAAUUGAAAUUUUAUUUUGCAAAUUUGUGUAAACGUAGAUCUCCGGAUAGUCCUUCUGCUGAAACGAAAAAAAAAAAAAAAGAAAUCAGUCAAAAACUAUAGAUUUUAUGAGGGUGCUCCGGUCUUAAGUGGGUCACACUGUAUAUGUAUAAAUCAAAAUUAUAUAAGAUACAUCCAAUUGUUUAAUACAGAUAAUAUGAGAAAUGAUCAUUAUAUAAAAUAAUAGAAAAAAAAAAAAAUAUUGUACCAGAUUCUUUUACCUCACUAUUGUAUCACAAAAACAUUCAUUUUUUUCACAAUAAAUCUCUUUUUAUUUCUUAAUACCUGCAUUUCACUGCUACUUUCCUCAAUGAAUGUGACCAAAUGUUGUUACCAUAGCUGAAUUUUUCAUUAAUGUAGGUUAUUCAAUAGAAACAAAUAUACAUUAGUUUUCACAAUUCUUGCUUGGAUGCAAGGGGAUAGUGUUUAGCUACCAAUAAGGCAACUUUGGAGCUGAUUCUCUUGCACCCAGUUUUAGAGAACAAUUUAGAGUCAUCAGGUCCCCAUUCUAUAAAGUCCAUAACUUCU